AUGGCUAUGCCAAUCUACGCUAUGUCGUGUUUCAAGUUAACGAAGAAGUCAUGCAAAAAUUUAACUAAGGCGAUGGCAGAUUUUUGGUGGAACUCACUAGAACAUAAAAGGAAGAUGCACUGGUUGAGUUGGUCGAAGCUAUCUCUGGCUAAAGAACUAGGCGAUCUAGGGUUCAAGGAUAUUCAGAGCUUCAAUCAAGCUUUGUUAGCCAAGCAGGCUUUGCGUAUUCUCAAUGGUCCCGAAUCCAUGUUUGCUAGAGUGUUUAAGACCAGAUACUUCCCUAAUUCCGACUUCCUCUCAGCCAGUAACGGCCCAAGACCAUCUUAUGCGUGGCGGAGCAUUCAGUUUGGGAAGGAACUGCUUGUGAUGGGGAUUAAAAAGAAGCUGGGUAAUGACAACAUGAUAUCUGUUUGGGUGGAUGCUUGGAUCGAGGACGACAUCCCUAGAAGGCCUUUAAUGAAAAACUGA